AUGCAAAGCCAACCAGACCCAUUUCAAUUUAGUGACAAAGAAGCCACCUAAGAACUCUAAAAAGAUCCUAAGUAUGCCAAAUUUUUAGAUUGGUGCAAUUUAAAAGGAAUGAAUUUGGAAAGAAUUAAUUAUCCUUCGGCUUAUGGUCCUUCUGGGUUUUUACUGGGUGUAGGAGCAAAUCAAAAAAUAAAGAAAGGUGAAUGGAUCUUGAGAACUCCGUGUUCUUCAAGAAUAGACUUUGAAACAAUUAGAGACAGCUCAGGUGUAGGAGAGGUGAUCUAAGCCUUAGAUGCUAAUUAAGAUAUUACUUUAUCCCUUUUCAUGAUGCAUUAAGUACUCUUAGGUACUGAGUCAGAUUUAUACUAUUUCAUCUCAGUUUAAGCCCCUGCUGAACUACCAUUUUAAUGGACUGAAGAAGAAAUUUAAUCUAUUAAAGAUAUUCAAGCAAUUUCCCUAAUUAAAAAGAUGAAAAAUUCAAACAUUUAAGAAGCCUAUGAAGUUUAUGAUAAAAUUUUCCAGCAUGAUUAUGUCUCUAAAUUUUGUUCAGGAGAACAAACCAAAGAAAACUUUGUCAAGUAAUAUCUUGAAGCUUGGUCCAUAACUUAGUCCAGAUUGAUCUAAAAUGAAUUCAAUCUCAAGUAUUUCACUGUGUUGCCUAUAAUUGAGUCAGUAAAUCACGGGAAAGGUAAAUCCUCAAUUUGUCAGGUAGUGGAUUCUGAAGGUAAUGUAUUGACAGAAAACAAUAUUGGAAACCUUAAUUGCUAUUGCAUACCUGGGAUUGAAGUUAAUAACGGUUAGUAUUUCCCUCCUUCUGAAGAGGAACUAGAAAACAUUAUAACUGAAGUCCCUUUUGAAAUGGUUGAGGAUGAUACAUCUUAUUUUGUGCCCCCAGAGGGUUCUUUCUUCUAAUUGGUGAGUUCUUAAGACUUAGAAGAAGGAGAGUAGAUUACAAACAAUUAUGGGCACAUGACAAAUAGAUAUCAUUUUGUCAACUAUGGAUUCUUCUUAAGAAACAAUGAGAGUGAUUGUUUCUCAAUCAAACUUAAAGUUUCUUAAAAAGUAAAGUUAAUUAUCUUACACAAGAACAAUAGAAAUGAUAAAUUUCUAGCAUCUUGCAAACAAGUUCUCUACGAUGCAGGACUCACUACAUGCACUUCUGCAUUAGUAUGCUAGUUUGCUAUAGAUCUUAUAAAACAGCAGUAUGUCUUAGAUUUUGGUAGCUCUCUUGAUGAAGAAGAAGAGAGAAUCUAAUAUUUUGAAAGCAAUAGAAUUAGAUUAGCUUACGAAUAUAGGACAGAACAAAGACAAAUAUAUUCUUAACACGUUGCUGAUCUAUAAAAACUAAUAGUCUGA